AUGUCCUCGUGGAUCCCAGCUGAGGGGCUGAUCAGUGAGGUGACCUGCCCUGUCUGCCUAGGCCUCUACCAGGACCCUGUGCGACUGCCAUGUGAGCACAACCUGUGCCGGGCCUGCCUGGGGGAGUGUGAGCCAGGCCUGGGGGAGUGUGAGCCAGGCCUGGGGGAGUGUGAGCCAGGCCUGGGGGAGUGUGAGCCAGGCCUGGGGGAGUGUGAGCCAGGCCUGGGGGAGUGUGAGCCAGGCCUGGGGGAGUGUGAGCCAGGCCUGGGGGAGUGUGAGCCAGACCUGGGGGAGUGUGAGCUAGACCUAGGGGAGUGUGAGCCAGACCUGGGGGAGUGUGAGCCAGGCCUGGGAGAGUGUGAGCUAGACCUGGGGGAGUGUGAGCCAGACCUGGGGGAGUGUGAGCCAGACCUGGGGGAGUGUGAGCUAGACCUAGGGGAGUGUGAGCCAGACCUGGGGGAGUGUGAGCCAGGUCUGGGGGAGUAUGAGCCAGGCUUGGGGGAGUGUGAGCCAGGCUUGGGGGAGUGUGAGCCACGCCUGGGGGAGUGUGAGCCAGGCCUGGGGCUGGGGGCCGAGCCAGAAACGGCGGCCGGAAGCCAGGCCAGGGACUCGGGGCCCUCGCUGCGCUGUCCCCAGUGCCUGAAGACCAUGUCCAGGUUCCAGGUGAAGAGUAACCAGCUUCUGGCCAACAUCGUAGAGCGGGUACGCAGGCUGCGGGUGGACGAGCUGCCCCUGGGUACCAUGUGCCCCAAUCACCACGAAACCCUCAAGCUUUACUGCACCGAGGACCACAAGCCAAUCUGCGUGGUGUGCGGCGUCUCCCGGGAACACCGAGACCACAGCAUCAUCCCCAUCCACGAGGCCUCUCAACUCUGCCAGGAGCAGCUGAGAAAGAGUUUGACUCGGUACGAAAAUCGGCACAAAGAGAUUGAGAGGCUCGAGAAAGAGUACGGGGAGAGGAUUCCAGAACUGAAGGCGAGUGCGGACUCCCUACGGGAUCACAUCUCCUCAGAGUUCCAGACUCUCCUGACAUUCUUGCAGGAUGAGCGGGACUCUCUGUUGGGAAAAUUGGGGCUGGAGGAGGCUCGCAUCCUGCGGGAGAUGAACGAGGAGCGGGUGAGACUGUGGGAGGAGAGAUUGAGCCUGGACGCAGCAAUCAGUGAUGUCCGUCACAGCCUAACCCAGAGUGAACCUCUUGCUCUGCUCAAGAAUGUGAAAGACUUGACAACAAGGGUGGGAGCAGUGGCCCUGGACAAUUCGGAGCGAUGCCCAAACUGGAAGCUGUGUGUGGGUGUGUUCCGGGGACCGCUACAGUACUUGGCUUGGAAACGGAUGAGACGCGUGAUCAGCCCAGCCCCGGCUGCCAUGACCCUCGAUCCCAGCACCGCAAACCCUUACCUCACCUUAAAUGAGGAGCUGACGAGCGCCCAAUACUCGUUCUCCCCUCGCCAGCGGCCCGACUCUCCACGACGCUUCGAUUUCUGCGCCUGCGUCCUUGGGUCCGAGCGCAUUUCCUCUGGCCGCCACUACUGGGAGGUGGAGGUGGGCGGGCAGACGGACUGGGACAUCGGGGUGGCCUCCGCGGACAGUGAUUGCUUGGGCUGGAUCGUCAUGACGCCCGAGAACGGUUUCUACACCUUCGGGCAUGUGGAGGAGGCCCGCGUGGGCGUGUACGUGGACCACGAGGUUGGUCAGGUCUCCUUCUACAGCGCGGACAGCGGCUGCCAUCUGCACACACUGAACGGCUGCUUCUCCGGCCCCCUCCUCCCCUUUUACUACCCCAGCGCUGACACCACCGCCCCCCCACUCACCCUCUGUCACCACUGA